CAAAGUUAGAACAACAAAACAAUGUGUGUUCAUGGGAAUUUUAGGUCAGCCUAUGUCAUAUUUCAGUUUUUAGGUUGAGAUGGCACAAAGUUACGGUUCUUUGAUAUGAUAUUCAAAACAGCUACCAGUGUGGCAGAUCCUAUUUUUUCCAUCUGGAAUCCAAACGUCUCACCUUGCUGAUGGAGGGUGCAUCAGCAAGAGCGCUCCUUGCUCUUCUUAUUGGCUGCAACUUCUUCACAUCCAGGCAAGCUAUUGGCCAAUAGAAAAGACCCAGAUGCAAGCGAGAGGAGUGGACUUUGCAGACCUGGUUCACAGCGACACACGCACGCAUACGUUGUGCAGAAAGAAACCAUCCACACAGAUCGAUUGUCAAGAUGGAGAAUAAAAUCCCGGACUUCUCUGGAAAAUGGAAAAUGAAGUCGUCUGCAAAUUUUGAAGAGCUGUUGAAAGCGCUGGGUGUGAAUGUGUUUGUGAGGAAAAUUGCUGUAGCGGCAGCGUCCAGUCCUGCAGUGGAAAUCACCCAGCAGGGGGAAAGUCUGUCCAUCAAAACAUCCACUAACAUCCGCACAACCUUUGUCUCCUUCACUGUGGGUCAGUCUUUCAAUGAGACCACCGUCGAUGGACGCCCCUGCAUGAGUUUUCCAGCAUGGGCAUCACAGAGCAAGAUCAGUUGCGAACAGACUUUACAGAAAGGGGAGGGACCCAAGACAGCCUGGACUCGACAGCUGACUAAUGAUGGAGAGCUAAUACUGACAAUGACAGCAGGCAAUGUUAUCUGCACCAGAGUUUAUGAAAGGGAAUGAGGAAAUGACAACACUGUCAUCUAAUACUCCUCCUUUGUGCCUCGAACAUACCUCAUGGUUCCUCAUCUUGCUCUUCCCUUUGUCUUCAGAGAGAGGUCACUCUGGGUCAGCUCAAGUUACACCCGAAGAAAAUGAUUUCAUCUACAAAAUGUGUUCAUCACUUUGGUCAGGAGUGUCAAACUCAUUUUUGUCGAGGGCUGCAUUGUAGUUAUGGUUUCCCUCAGAGGGCCGUUAUUACUGUGAAACGAUAAAGAUCUUUAACCGCCUCAUAAUAUUGACACAUGACCUUUUUGAACUAGUUUUGUAAUCAGAAAUCAAGGGUAAUGGGUUUUUCAACUAUUGUUGAUGUCUGGUAACACAAAAAUGCUUGCAAUAUCUAAAUGUUAUCAUUUAUAACAAUUUGAAAUUUUUGUUCAGAUUUUAAUAACAAUCAUGGAAGUUGAUACACAUGAUUUGGCUUUGCAGGUCACAUGAAAAUCAUGUGGCGGGCCGGAUCUGGCCACCAGGCCUUGAGUUUGACACCUGUGACUUGGGUUAUAAUUACACAAUUGCUUGGAUUCUUAGUUCCCCCAGUUCCAAAUUAUUAACCUUGAAAACGUGGGGACAGACUUUUCAUGAAAAUUUUCAAAUGUGUCCCUUGAUCUGCUAUGGAGAUACUUAACAAUAAAUUAAUUAUUAUAUAUUACUUUUAUCGAUACGGAGAAAUCUCAGCAUGUGGAAGCUGUUAUAGCAAAGGUGGUCUAUUUUAUUCAUCAAUUAUUUCAAGUUAAGUCCAAAAUUCCAUAGGUUAAUUUUUGUAUCACCAAACCUGAAUGGAGUAUCGAUGAAUCAAAAAAAGAUAAUAAAUUAAUUAUCGAUUUGUU